AUGGACUCUGCGGAGAAGUUCAACCCGAGGACCAAGCAGUGGGAAAUGCUACCCUCCAUGUGCAUGCCCCGCCGUGCCUGCGCGACAGCGUCUACAGGAGGAAAAUUUUACGUCCUCGGGGGCGUAGACGUGCCUCGCUUUGGGGGGUUGGAAGAGCCGGGAGCUCAAGAGGGGCAGCAGGAGUGGCUGUUUCAGGACAAAUACUGUCCGGAAUGCUUCGACCCCGUCUUGAAUCAGUGGGAGUUGUUGCCACCGAUGAACCGCCCCUACACUCACGCAGCCGCUACUGCCUUGGGCGGCUUCAUCUACGUCUUUGGCGGCCUUAGCUUUGGCCAUGUGUUGGACCAGGCACAGCGCUUCGAUCCUAUCCGGAGGCAGUGGGAGU